AUGUGCUCAUUCCAGUUGGUGGGUGGUAUUUCUGAUCUUUGGAUAUUUGAUAUUAAAAAUAAAUCAUGGAAGAAAUUGUUUAAUAUACCAAAGAAUUUCACUUAUAGAAGUUAUCAUUCUCUCUCAUUGUGGAGUGUGACUCCAACCACUAACUGGAUAAUUGUGUUUGGAGGAACCACGUCAUACAGAGAUACAGCAGUUAUUGAACUCAUCCUCGAAGGAACUAAAGUCUCAGGCCUUUUUAUAAAGACAUAUAUUAGUGAUUGGUCUACUAGUGUAAUACCUCUGGACCAGUAUCAAGAGAAACUACAAGAAAGGAGAAGAGAAUGGGAAGGAGAAAUAGACCGUCUGACACGUGUACUACAAGAAAGGGAAAGGGAACAAGAGGAGGAGAGAAGAGAAAAGGAACAAGUUAGAAACAGACUACAGCAACAACUUGAAGGAAGAGAACGACAACUUGAACAAGCACAGCAACAAGGACAAGAAAGAGAGAGGCAGGCCAGGGAACAAGAGCAGAAUCUUCAACAGCGGCUUCACGAACAAGAGCAGCAAUUUCAAGAAAGCCAACGACAGCUUCAGAGGGAAAUCCAACAGGGUGGAGAAAGAGAACAGGGUCUUCAACAACAGCUUCAAGAAGCUCAGCAGCAGCUUCAGGAAAGCCAGCAACAAGGACAAGAAAGAGAGAGGCAAGUUCAGGAUCUUCAACGACAGCUUCAAGAAAGAGAGCAACAGCUUGUGGAAAGAGAGAGAGAGUUCCAAGAAAGAGAGAGACAACUUGAAGAGCAGAUACAAGUGGCAGAGUCUUCCUGGGUAGUGAAUAGAAGAGAGAUUACAAUGACAGAGGUAGUCCUUGGUAAAGGAGGAUGGGGAGAGGUCAAAGUAGCUGGUUUUCGUGGUCUGAAGGUUGCUGCAAAGUGUCUCUACGAAAUCAUCAUCUCUCCUCAUAACAUUACAAAAUUCUUUCGUGAAAUGAAU